AUGGGAAGAUGCAAACGCGGGCUCAUUUGGAAGAGUAAUUUUCUCGUGUUGUCAGUUCGAUUCCCAGCAGGCACCCACCAACAAAAUCACUGUCGCAGCCGAAAGUUUUCAUUUACUUAUCCUCCUUACCUCCUCAUCUUCCUUUCUGUUUUCCACCUCUCCCUUUUACCUUCCUCGACUUUACUCCCACUCCUUUUACCUUCCUCACCUCCUCAUCUUCCUUUCUGUUUUCCACCUCUCCCUUUUACCUUCCUCGACUUUACUCCCACUCCUUUUACCUUCCUCACCUCCUCAUCUUCCUUUCUGUUUUCCACCUCUCCCUUUUACCUUCCUCGACUUUACUCCCACUCCUUAUACCUUCCUCAUCAUCUCAUCCUCCUCUCUUUCUUUUCCUCCUCACCUUCUAAUCUUCCUCUCCUUCUCAUCCUCCCUUCCAUCUUUUCUUCUUCACCUUCUCACCCUCCUUUCCUUAUUUUCUUUCUAUUCUUUUUAACAUCUUCGUCUCCUUCUUUUCCUCUUCAACUUCUCAUCCUACCCUUCUCAUUUUUCUCCUUUCCUUUUUACACCCUCUCUUUUCAUCCGUCUCUCCUUCUUUUCCUCUUCUUCUUUUUACCAUUCUCAUCUUCUUAUACGCCUCUCUUUAUUUUCCACGCCCUCUUUCCCCGCUUCUCAUUCUUGCUCUCCUAUUCGUCUUUUCGUCUCCUUCUUCUUUUUUCUUCCUCCCCUUAUUUCUCUCCUCUUUCCACUCCUCAUUUUCCUUCCUCAAAUCCAUUUCAAAAGAAAGCUUUUUUUUUCUGCGGAGGUGCCAGGCAUCCUAGAAGUAAGUGUCCAACUCCAGAAAUGAGUUGCUGCAAUGGCCAGAACGAUGGUAAUUUCGCUAAAGUCUAUCAUUUGGAAGGUAUUAAGUUUUCUGCUGCAUUACCCGUCAUAUGCAAGUUAACUACCGGACUACAGAGAGUUUCGAAAACCACGGUAAAAUGCCUCCCGAGUAAAAAAUCUUAA